GAAUCGUGUGUUUGUUUGUUAUGUUGAUUGAACUCAAAGUGAUUGCAAACAGUUAUUAUAUAAAACACAUGAGUAUUGCCUAAAAAAAAUUAGAUUUAAUUUAAUCGUCAAAAUGUCUAACAUUGAAGUCAUAACUAAAUUGUUUGUCAAUUAAUUAAUUACUGAUUUUAUUAUUACAAACAAAUGUCACAUAAUUAUCAAAUUAAUUAUUGUUAUGAUUAGUGCGCACAGUGUUCACAAAAUUGACAUUAAAUACAAAUUUACUGAUUAUUUAUCAAAACUUUGCAAAAAAUAUUACAUUUAUGUGAAUUUCCAUCACUUUUGUGGUGAAUCUUAUCAAUUGAUAUCACCAUUGAAUCCAAUUUUUUAAAUAAUUGUUUGAUAUAUCAAAUGCAAAAUUGCGCUGAAAAUGAAAUUAAUAAAAAUUAUUUAUUACUUAAUCUUUUUAAUUAACACACAAUACAAAUGUGAAAUAUCGCCAAUAGUUAUAACACCAAAAAAAUUUCACUUAAACUCAAAGGAAAAUAUUGUUAUUAUAAGCGAUAAAAGCGAUUCAAUUAAUGUUACGAUAAAAGACUAUAAAACACAUGAAGUCAUACUAAAUAAGAAAUACGAUGUCAUUAAAGAUGAACCACUGAAAGUUAGUGUACAAGUGGUCAAUGUUUCAGUUCCUGUAGUGUUGUCCAGCACUUCAAGUCAACCCAAAGUAAUAGUAUCUGUGAUAAGCAAUGGUUCCAACAAAAAGAGUGAAUCACUCAUUAAAGUUAUCCCAAAGUUUGGCUAUGCGUUCAUCCAAACAGAUAAACCAAUAUAUACUCCAAAAGAAAAUGUCUUAAUUCGCGUCUUAAGACUUGAUGAUAGACUUAAACCUGUUAUCAAUGAAAGAAUCAAAUUAAGAAUAAAAAAUUGCCAAAAAAUUAUAAUAGAAGAAACAACUUUAGAGUCCAGUCCUCCAAAUUAUUUUGUUGAUCACACGUUUGAGUUUCCGCCGGCACCUAAACUUGGUAUAUGGUUUGCUGAGCUAUGGUAUGGCGCUAAUUAUUCAUCCAAUUCAAACGUUUCAUUUGAAGUCAAAGAAUAUGUUUUACCGACAUUUUCAAUAAAAAUAAAAUCUCCAAAAUUUAUACUCGAAAGUAGUAAAAACAUAAGUGGAUCAGUUCAGGUCGAUUAUGUUUAUGGAAAGCCUGUCAAUGGCACUGUUGUGUUCAAGUUUGGUACAAAGGCUCCUAACGGACGGGUCAGCUAUUUUGGAAGUACAUCUGUUAAAGAAUUGGUUAACGGUUCGGCUCAGUAUUACAUCGAUAGCUAUCAGUUCCGUCAGACGGCUUACAUGGAGUUUCCGGCACUUAAUGGCUACAGAUUUAUGGUUGAAGUGAGUGUUCACGAAAAGGCCACCGGAAAGAAGGAUCGGGCUUUUGAUGAGACGGGCAUUUUUGCCACAACUCCUUAUGUCAUAUCUUAUAAAAAUACUUUCUAUGACUUUAAGCCAAACAUCGAAACCUAUAUAACUGCUCAAAUUAACAAUAUAUUAGGAGAAAAUGUUGCCGAUUUACCCAUCAAAUUAACAAUUACUGACAACGACUCGGGCAGACCAUUACGACACACAACACAUUCAAAUAUUACUUCAAUGCAAUUAGUGACGGAUCACUCCGGAAGGAUAUCCUUUCCCAUUACAGUUGAGAAUAAUGUUAAGUCAAUUCACGUUUCCAUCAGAACCGAUGACCCGACAAUUGAUAAGAAAGAACAGGCAGAGUCUGCACAUAUACUAUGGGGCGAUGACUCAACAGGUGGUUUCAUUCAUAUCUCUAGUAAAUCAAAGUAUAGCACAUCCCUAUCAGUUGGCGAUACAUAUAGAAGUUUGCUUAUAACAAGAGGUGCCGUCCAUUUGGAUAAAAUCUAUCAAAUUGUUGUUAAUCGCGGAAAUAUUAUACUCUCUGAACGGAUAAUCAGUGAUAAGGGUAUCAAACUAGAGAUAACUCAUGAUAUGACUCCAUUUAUUCGUAUAAUGGUUUUGGCCGUAACUAAAAAUGAUGAACUGAUUUCUGACUCAAUUAAGAUCGAUGUCAAUGAAGAUAAUUGUGGAUUUGAUAUGAAAACUGAGAAUAAUAUGAAUCAAACAAUUCCGGGAAAGAAUGUGAAUCUUAUUCUUAACGGAACCAAAGGAGAUAGCGUUGGACUUCUAGCGGUUGACGAAGCAGUUUAUAUACUCCGUAAAAGCGAUACUCUCACCAAAAGUAAACUAAUGAACGAAUUAGGGAAAUCUGAUUUGGGUUGCGGUCCCGGAACAGGUCUUGAUGUGAAUCUUGUGGCCAAUAAUGUCGGUCUUAAGAUCAUUAGUGGUGGUACUAAACAAUUUGAUGACAGUAAAGAUGAUCACUGUAUUAGAAGAGAAUUGAGAAGACGAAGAAAAAAGAGAGAUAUUAGCCAAUCAGUGAUUGAAACGGGAUUUCUUCAUAAAUGUUGUCUAUUAGGUAUGUGGCCAUCAAAUACUCGACGAAAUUGUGAACAUAAGGCGACAAUCCUGAAGACAUAUAUGCCUCAACACUCCAAAUGUUACGAACAAUUUCUUAGAUGUUGUAAAGCCAACAGUCGACCAAUCAUUCAAUUGGCUUCAACUGCCAAAAUUGGUAAUAACUUUGAUCGCAACCGAAUCGGUUCGGAAACAUUAGAGUACGUUCACAUCGCUUACGAACAGAUCUUAGAGGACAAGACACUCAUACGAAAUGACUUUCGCGAGUCGUGGCUCUUCGAUAUUGUAACUCUAAAUCACAGCAAUUCAAACACACUUGCCGUCACUUUUCCUCACUCUAUUACAACCUGGUCUAUAACAGCUAUGUCUAUAUCACCAAUCAAUGGUUUCUGUAUAAUGUCGUCACCGUUACGGGUGCGCACAUUUCAAGAUAUAUUUCUUCAGAUAUCACUUCCUUACUCAGUCAUACAGAACGAACAAAUGGAAAUGAUUGUCACUGUCUUUAAUUAUGGAACCACUCGGUUACCUGUUUUGGUCUAUACAUAUGGAGUUGAAGAUAUCUGUUCUGAAGCCGAAAGUGUUGGCGAUAAAUCAAAGAAGCAUUUAGUGGUUGAUCCCAAUUCAUUUUCUACUGUUCCCUUUCCAAUGGUUCCACUGAAGACCGGAACUUUUGAGAUUAAAAUUGUAGCCCUUUGGGCUUCUGGAGGUGAUAUUGUUGUUAAAAAAUUAUACGUCAUUCCUCCCGGAAUUACAGUUGAAGAAGAUGUACGGUUUAAAUUAGAUCCCAAGAAUAGACAACGAAGAACAAAGAGAUCUCUUAAAACUGGUAAAGUAGAAGACGAAAUAAUAUCAGAAAAUUCACUUCAGAGGACAUUAGUGAAUGUCGAGCCCGACAUAACUCGUAAUAUAGUUCCCGGAACUCGUGAAUGUAUUAUUGCAGGCAUUGGUAAUGAAUAUGGCGCCACUUCUUAUACAACUCUAAGUGAUAUCGACCGACUUAUUAGACAACCAAAAGGUUGUGGAGAACAGACUAUGUUUUAUAUGGCGCCCACACUCUAUACACUCAAAUAUUUGCAGUCAAUUGAGAGACUUAAUGGUGAUCUUAAAUAUAGGGGUCUUAAGUAUAUACGAAAUGGAUAUAAAAGACAACUGUCCUUUCGAAAAGAAGAUGGUUCUUUUAGUGCAUUCCCUGCCAGACCAUCGUCUAUAUGGUUGACAUCAUUUGUUAUUAAAGUGUUUUGUCAGGCCUCACCAUUUCUUAGAGAUGAUAAAUUUGAUCCAAAAGUUAUUGAAAGCGGACUUAAUUGGUUAAUGAAUGAACAGAAAAAGGAUGGCUCGUGGACUGAAAAACAUGUCGUCGUUCAUGAAGACGCUUUGGGUGGUGUCAAGGGUUCAGUUGCACUGACAGCUUAUGUGUUGAUAUCUUUUCAUGAAUGCAAACGUGUAUUAAAAGGUGAGAUGACACACAAUAGAAAUUUGGAAGAAUCUCUCAAUAAAACAAUUACCAAAUCUGAAAGAUAUUUACAACUAAAUCAAAACGAAAUAAUAAUUCAAAAGAAUACAUAUGCCAUGGCUUUAGUUGCUUAUAGUCUUACGUUUACAAACUCACAAAAUUCUCUCAAACUUAUUGAUUCUCUUCACUCUAUGGCAAAUGUCGACACUAACAGAAAUUACAAGUACUGGAGACAUAACUAUGAAGUCGAAGCAACAGCUUAUGCAUUGAUGGCAAUGUUAAACUCAGGAAACAAAAAUUCAUUGGACGGCAUAUCUAUAACCAAUUGGCUUAACUCUGUCCGCUCCUAUUCGGGCGCAUUCUCAUCAACUCAAGACACAGUCGUUGCUUUGGAAGCAUUAUCACAGUAUAUUGAAAGACAGAGAUCACCAACCAAUACAAUAUCACUUUUAUGUAAUAUUACAACACAUGAUGUGACGUCUCCUCGUUUUAAGAGAGCUUUGGAAUUCAAUUCGGAAAAUGCAUUAAUUUUGCAGACAUUUAAAUUAGAUUCCGAUUCUUCUAAAUUAAAGUUUACGACAACUGGUGAGGGAACGGGACAAAUGGUGAUUAAAUUGAAAUACAAUGUCUUUGAACCACCAGAAGUUCUUUGUCGUUUCGAUCUCAGUGUUGAAGUGAGUGAAUGGAAAGCAUCUCCAGAAAGUCGUUUAGACGAUCCUAACACUCCCGAAAUCGAUGAUAAUUUCUUUAAUGACUUCAAUAGUGAUAUGGUUCGCACACUGGAUCUAAAACAUACAAAUCGUCAAAAACGAUCUCUGAUUAAUCGAGAUAAUCGACAAAAGCGUUUUGUUUGGAAUCCAUGGAAUAGAAACAGAAGUUCGGGUCGACGUAAACCAUCAGUUGCUGAAUCUGUUUCCACUCAUUCACAAGACAUGAAUAGCAAUAACUUUAGUGAUAAACUCGAACUUAAUUCUGAUAUAACAGAUUCAAUGAUUUUCAAGAAGAAUAAUCUGAGUUCUAAGUCGAUUGUCAGCUCUGAUGGCAAAAGUAAACUUAUAUUAUUGGUCGAGACCUGUAUCCGACACAUACCUCGAUAUUACUCUGAUAUGAGUCUCAUUGAAGUCGGUCUCUUCAGUGGUUAUAAACCAAACAAAGAUGAUUUAGAAGAGAUAAUCAAAAUGGAUGAUUCAUUAGUUUCUAAAUAUGAAAUAUCGGACAGAAAUAUAGUAUUUUAUUUUGAAAAAGUGCCAUUUGGUCGACCAUAUUGUCUACAAUUCAGGAAAAUACAAGAACACAAUAUAGGCAACGCUCAGGCAGCUAUGGUUAAGGUCUAUGACUACUAUCGCAAAGAUCAUAGCUGUUCACAACUUUUUACACCUUCACGUAUCAGUGAUUACAUCGAAACAAAGUGCAAUUCAGAAGUGUGUGAAUGUGCCAAAAGAGAGAACUGUCCGACAGCUAAAUCACUUCUAGAAAUCGGCAAAAUUGCCGAAAGAAUUGUAGUCAGAGCGCGACAACUCUUUAAAGAACUGGUCUGUUCUGACAGAUAUAACUUUGUCUUCACCGCUGAUAUUGAUGGCCACAAUAAGACUCAGUCUCUCUUUAAGUUUUUGAAUCUCAAAGUAAACUUUGUUUUCAAAGGAAAUUUGUCAAAAAAUGAUAAAUUUGUGUUAACAUUGAAUCCUGAAUGCAAUGAUGAGUCGGCCGUAACCGAUGGCAAUGAAGUUCUUAUAUUCGGUUAUUUCAAUGAAAAAAUCGGUCACUUAAACGGUUCAUCAAUUGUUUAUGACAUAAGCAACGGAUUAAAAGGAGACGAAACUCGAUCUAAUGUAAUAUCAGUUAUGAAUAAUGCGAAGAAUGAUAUUAAAAGAUUUAAUUGGAAGUGUAAUGUCAACGCACAGACUUAGAUACAGUACUAACCAUUUAAUUGAUACCAUUUAAGUGGUUUCAAUGCAUUUCUCGAUACCAAAUAUCUGAUAAAACUUUAUCUCAUUUACCUCUCAUUUAACGAUUAUUGUCGUUUGAUUUAAAUGUAACACUUAAGAGAUGAGCUUUAAUUAAAAUAAUAACUAAUAAUUUAGUUAAUAUUAUAUUUUCUAUUUAAGA